AUGUCCGCGUUUUCCCGGCCUCCGAACCGACUCACCGAGUUCAAAUCGGGUGGUAAAAUUGUUCGUCCCAGACGAACCACUACACGUCCUAGUCCAUACGAACGACCUACCCCUCGCCUUUCCCCUAAUUCCACUCCUCAAAACCCUAAUUGGCUUUCUCGUCUCAUUUUAUCUCCUUCUCGUCUAAUUGCCACCGGUGCCGGAAAAGUUCUCUCCUCCGUCUUCGGCUCUGAAUCCUCCGGUUCCUCCUCCACUUCCGAUGUCGACGAAGAAGAAGACGGAGAUUCCGGUUCCUCUUCAGAGGGUGAAUUGGAAGGUAUCGAAGAAGAUGGCGAUGACGGCAAUGAUUCUUCUCAAAGUGCUGACAAGAAGAAUCAGACAACUGAAAUUGUUAAUUGCUCAAAGAAAGAUCUCCUAGCUUUAGAGUGGAGGAAUGGGACCUUGCGUGUAAUUGCACAGCUUCUAAUGCAGGAAACAUUCUCGAGGGAAGAAUGCGACAGACUGACAGGUAUUAUUAGAUCGAGGGUUGUAGAUUCUCCCAUUUCUGAUCUCAACAAGACAGUUGGCAAUGAUAUCGAUACGCCUGAUCUCCGCAAUUCAGCUGUUAUAGAGGCCAAAAAAUGGUUUGAGGGGAAGAAGUUGGGGUCGAAUUCAAAGUCAGUGGAGUAUGGAAUCUGCACUUUGAAUACUGCUCCACAUGCUGCUGAAGGAGAAGUGGGUUCACCAGUGGAUUUGGCCAAAUCUUACAUGCGAGCCCGCCCGCCAUGGGGUUCCCCUUCCACAAAUGUAUCCCCAUUACCAGUGGGAAAAGAGCUUUUUAAGGAAGCAACACCAUUUUCAGUUAGUGGCAAUUCAUUGUUCACAUCAAAGUUGAACAGGGAUUCCUCUGUCACUGGUUCCUGGAAUAUCGAGGAGGAACUAAGUAAAGUGAGAUCCAGGGCAACUGAAGAGAUGCUGAGGACUCGACCAUCUUCCAAAAUUGAUUGGUCUGCAUUAGCUUCAGGUUAUAAAGGAGGCCUUAGUGUAUUGGGGGCUGGAGAAGUUGGUGGUGCUAAAUAUAAACGUUCCAACUUUACACAAUUAAUAGAUGUACCUUUAAAGUGGAGCAGUGCAGCAACUACUUCUGGCAUCACAGAUUCUCAGAUAGCACAAGAUAGGUUGCAGAAUGAAGUUUUUCCACCUAAUGCAGCUAUUUCUGUUCCCGAACAAAGUCAGGAUCUGGGAUCAGCACCGACCAUUGAGGGAAGGGCAGGUUUGCGAGAUGGCUCUGAAGGAAUAUCAAGCCAUGAACAGCAACAACAGCCUUCAGAAGAAGUGAUAGUAAAACGAAGCGCUGAUACCUGCAUUGCUGCUGCUGCUCAUGGCCUUAACAAGACCGAGGAGACUGGCCAACCUUUGAGCUCUGCAGUGGAAAGAUCCAUUCAAGGCAAGAGUUUUAUAUCUGAUCCACCGUUACUUGAAGUAAAUUAUUUAGCAUCCGAGGAAGUUGCUGGAAGAGGUGAUGUGGUUACUGCCAAUGGCUUCCCUCCUUCGGCAUCCAGUUUGCCUGCAGUACACGAAAGAGAACAAAAGUCUAUGCCGUCUGGUGAAGAGCACAGUUUACUCGGUCCAGACCAUGACAAAACGGCGAGAACUGCUUCUGGCAAGGAAAUGUGUGAGCUACUGAGUGAGGCUUCCAUGGAGGUGCCAAACGCAAAUGAAAUUGAUAGUGUCGCUACCGACUCCCAAGACAGCUCUAGCAUGUACCAAGAAGGUAUAGUGCAGGCUCUGGCUCGACCAAGUCCAAAACGGCGCUUGGGAUCAAGGACAACUGGUGUCAGUGAGAAGCAGCAAGGAAGAAACGCGAGCAACAGAAGAAGUGAUAGGAGAGGCAGGGGACGUGGUAAAUAA